UUAAAAUAAAAGCAGCUUUUAUUCAUUUCAUUUCACAAUUUUCAAUGGCUUCUUCACUUUCACUUUCAAAGCUUGUAACACCAAACGCAAGAAGCGCUUCUUCACCAGAAUCGCUUCGGUCCAGAUCCAUCAAAACAAACUUCCUCGCUUUCAAUCUUUCAUCAACAACUUUCAGAACUAAUCUAUCUGCUUCUCUUCGAACUCAUCACGAAAACGCUUUCAAAGCGUCUUUAAGGGUUAGAUGCUCACAAACAGAUGGAAAUGGAGUUCCUGCAAAGAGGACAGUACUUCAUGAUCUUUAUGAGAAACAAGGGCAGAGUCCAUGGUAUGAUAACCUCUGCCGACCAGUUACGGAUCUGAUUCCUCUUAUUGAAAGUGGUGUCAGAGGCGUCACUAGUAACCCAGCGAUCUUCCAGAAAGCUAUCUCAUCUUCAAAUGCUUACAAUGAUCAGUUCAGGGAACUUGUGCAAGCAGGGAAAGACAUUGAAAGUGCGUAUUGGCAACUUGUAGUGAAGGACAUUCAAGACGCUUCCAAACUAUUUGAACAAAUUUACGAUCAAACUGAUGGUGGUGAUGGCUAUGUGUCUGUUGAAGUAUCUCCUAAUCUUGCUGAUGAUACUGAAGGAACCAUAGAAGCUGCAAAAUGGCUCCAUAAAUUGGUUUCUCGCCCCAAUGUUUAUAUUAAGAUUCCAGCUACAGCUGCUUGUGUCCCUUCAAUAAAGGAAGUGAUUGCCAAUGGAAUAAGUGUGAACGUGACUCUGAUAUUCUCUCUUGAAAGAUAUGAAGCUGUAAUUGACGCUUACUUGGAUGGUCUUGAGGCAUCUGGUUUAAAUGACCUCUCUAGAGUCACAAGUGUUGCCUCUUUCUUUGUCAGUCGAGUGGACACUCUCAUUGACAAAAGCCUUGAGAAAAUUGGCACUCCAGAGGCCCUUAAUCUGCGUGGAAAGGCAGCAGUAGCCCAAGCAGCACUGGCUUACCAGCUUUACCAAAGGAAGUUUUCUGGUCCAAGGUGGGAAGCUCUAGUUAAAAAGGGAGCCAAAAAGCAAAGGCUCCUUUGGGCUUCUACCAGUGUUAAGAAUCCUGCCUACUCUGACACCUUAUAUGUUGCUCCUCUUAUUGGACCCGACACCGUAUCUACCAUGCCAGACCAAGCUCUUCUAGCAUUUAUCGAUCAUGGUGCUGUAGCCAGGACAAUAGACUCAAAUGCAUCUGAAGCUGAAGGAAUAUACAAUGCUAUUCAGAAAUUGGGUAUUGAUUGGAGCAAUGUUGGUAACCAGCUUGAACUUGAAGGAGUUGAUUCAUUUAAGAAAGCCUUUGAUAGCCUUCUGGAUUCACUGCAGGAGAAGGCAAAAGCUCUUAAAUUGGUCAGUAAGUGAAGUUGCAACUUUUAUGGUUAAUUAUUGCUGUGUAAUGUAUGAUGUCAUUUGAGAUUAAUAAGAGACAGUGGCUGGGGGUUGUGAUUUGUGCUGCUGUAAUGUUCUUCAUGGAAUCAUUGACGAUAGUGAUACGUUAAAAGUUGAACUUCUUGGCUUCUAGGUUGAGUUUUUUUAUUUCUUUCCAUGUACCAUGUAUGCGGCGGUUUUUUAGGGAAAUGGAAAUAGAUUCCUGUGCAAUAACUGCCGCCCCAUGCAAUUUUCAAUUUCUGACUGUUAAAUCUAAAUAAAAGAUUGUGAUUGUUUAAACUGA